AGGUUGGUUAUUUGAUUGCUAAGAGAAUUACUGAAAUAUUAAGUAAUUAAAUCUGUUAACUUUUAAGAUAUUUGAGUAUUGGCUGUUCUUUUACGGUUUCUUGUUAGUUUCGUGUAAGGGUUUCACAUAUGGUCUUUUGGUGAUAACGAUAUCGUUCCGGAUUGGUUGCUGCAAGAAAUGCAUCUUUUUCUAUAAUUUACGCAAUUUUAGGCUUAAGAUACUUUAUCUAUACACAUGGGGUCUUAGGUUUGCGGUCAACUUUUUCAAGUGGUUUGGGUGGAGCAGUGUUUUAAUUUUCUAGUGGAGAGCUUUUCUGCGGAUUUUCGAUUCAUUUUACUGUGUGACUUUUAGCUAGAAUGUCUUCGGAAAAACGCCUCAUAAAUCCACCAGCCGGGUACGAGGAGGAGGAGCGGUUGCGGCUGCUUCGCGAAGACGGUUUCGAUGAGGUAGAGAUAGGGGUCUUUUUCGGGGCUUCCUCCUCCGAAGAAGAUGGGGAGGAGCAGGGCACCUUUACGCCCGAACGCAUUCAAGAGCUUUAUCGGGAGGCGCGGCGUCUCCAUUUUGCAAGGGGGCGCCGCGCCCGCGGUGGUCACCGGCGCUCAGCAGCAUCUCAGGCGACCCAACCAUCGGCCCCUGUGACUGGCCAACGGGACGCGGAAAAGGGCCCUUGA